AUGUCCACUCAAACACAGCAGCAGCAGCAACCGGCUGUUGUCUACCCGAGCAGUGCGGCAUAUCAAGCGCCGCCGACAUCUCGUUCGAAUCCUUCGGGUGGAUCUUUCGUGGCAGUUUUCAUAGUGGUGGCGGUAAUCAUUGCUGCAUCGGCUAUAUCUUGCUUCCUCGGAAGAUUUUGUAGUCGACACAUGAGUCAAAGGAAACCCUCCAAGGGUAAGCAAAGGCACAUCAAUUUACGUCCCAGAGAAGGUGAUACCGAGUUCGGGUCGACCGACGGGAGGUUUAAUCCGGGUGACCAUGGUGAAAGCAACAAAGGGUUAGAUUUCAAAAUGCCUGGAAAUGGAGAUCCAAGGGAGUUCAGAGUAAGUGAACAUGGUGAGCCUGCUGAAUUUAGAAUUCCUAGGAAUGGAUAUCCGGAAUUGAGAAUACCUGAGAAUGGGGAUUAUGUACGAUUUCGAAUGCCUGGUAAUGAUGAUCCCAUUGGGUUCAAAAUGCCAGGGCAUGGGGACUUUAAUGGUGAAACUAAGCCUGUUGAUGAUGGUAGUGGAACUCUAAAGGCCGGUGCAUGA